AGUAUUUAAAUUCCACCUGAAUUUAUUAAAAUUUGCAGUUCAAUCUUCUCUCUCACACAUCACACUAUGGAGAAUCUACCAGAAAUGCCUCCUACGAGCCCGACUCAAUCAGAGAAGAUAUUUUCCGAGUGCAAAUCGCCACCGCCUCCACUCCAACACAAGGAUGAAAAUUCUCAAAACUCCGGCAACGAUUUACGCAAAACCACCACGCCGGACCACCUUAAAGUCCCCAAGGCAUUUAAAUUCCCAGAAAGGUAUACAAGCCCAACAGAUAUGAAAUUGUCCCCUGUAACAAAAGGCCUUCUAGCCAGAAACAGAAAGGGUGGUGCCCUCUUGCCCCCUAGCAAAAAUUUACUCAAACCUCCUCGAGAUUCAGGAGUUGCAGGUGUGGAUGGUCCAGCUUCAGAAGUAAAGUUUGGGUGCAAUAAUUGAAGGCUAUGAGGAGAAGCACUUUUGGGACUUUUUAUCCAACAGCUUUUUUCUUGUUUUUUGUUUCAGCUUUCACUGUUUCAAACUUGGUGGAAUUUGAUGCAUUUUGGAACAGUUGUGUUUCUGGUGAUGAGAUUUUUCAACGUGUCCUCAAUUCCUCAUGCUCACUCACUCAUGUUUGAUUGUACCAAAAACUUGUGUCAAUGAUUUUGUACUUGCCCUUGUACUGGUUGAAACCAUGCCUUGUUUCUGUUAGAAUUCGAGCUUUCGACUCAAAACCAAUUGAUAAUGUGUGUCUAGACAGAAGACCGUUUAUGCA